AUGUCAAGUGAGGAAGAGAGUGUUCUUGUCUUAAACAGCAUCUUGCAGAAGCUUGGGGUAUUUGGGAGCAAGUUGGUGAAGAAGAUUUUCUACAAGAUUCCUAUCGCUGUAGUCUCGAGCGGUGUUCAGUAUGAUAUAUUCGUGUUAGCGGCUGAAGAAGAUAUUAGGGUUCUGUUUCAUUGCGUAAGGAGUUUUCCAGAGGUCAGAAUACACGAGCUGUAUGCGAAGUUGGAGAUUGCUAUCGAUAGUUCUGGGGCAUUGGCUCCUGUUCAUAGCUCGAAUGCCGCAGGCGAUGCGUCUUGUUCGGUGCCUGCGAUCCGGCCAUCUGUUCCGCAGGUUGCAUCACCUUCCUUCGCAGCUAAUUUGGUACGAACGGAGGCAGUUUGUUCUAUACCUUUCCCUAAUCAAGGGGGCCGGCAGCAGGCAUUUGAUGGGGAGUCAGGUCGUGCCAUAGUUGAUGAAGGUCAAGGCUUCUGGGAACCUGAUCGAGUGGAGAAUGCAAUGCGGGACGAUGACUCUGACCAGGAGCCUGUAAAUAUCUUUGGGGAUAUCGAUGAUGACACCGGUGCUAAUCCACAUGCACAACAAGCGCCUUCAAGCUCUGGCACACAGCAAUAUCCUCCACACUUCUCCACUCUAAACUUGGAGGCUCUGGGUGAACACCCGGCGGGAGUUGCUACAAGUAAAGAUGAAGCUGUUCUGAGUGUGAAGGACUAUAGCAUCCGUCGAGGUAUUGAGUACCGAGUGUUAGAAUCGGACCAUCUGAAGUAUCAUGGAAAGUGCAAGGAUUUCGGCAAAAGUUGUAGUUGGCUGAUUCGGAUUUCGCUCUGUGCACGAAAGGGCACUUGGGAGGUUAGGAGGUAUAAUAGUCCCCACACUUGCUUAGCCACAUCUAUUUCUAGUGAUCACCAUCAGCUUGAUUACCACGUUAUCUGUGCGAGGAUAUUUCUGUUGGUUAGUGCGGAUGCUGCAAUACCGAUCAAGGUGUUGCAACAAGCAACUGAAGCUGAUUACAGCUUCAAGCCCAGUUACCGGAAGGUUUGA